AGAAAUCGGGAGGGAAAAGCGUCGGGAGCGCGCACGGUGAACUCGCACAGUGUACGUUCGUGUGUUCGGAGAUGGCGCCACGCGGUAAGAAGAGGAAGCUGGAGGAGGAUGGCGAGAAGGAAAAGGGAAAAGCAAACGGGAAGGCGAAAGUGGAGACCCCUGCCGGGGACAGGAUCGUGAUUGAGCACUGUUACGGGCGAGCUGCCAAUGAGCUGAAGAGCGCGGUUCUGUCCAGUUUCCCGGAGAUGAACUUUGAGAUGAACCCCACCAAACCACGUAGAGGAAGCUUCGAGGUCGCCCUGCACCGUGAAGGAGCAAAGAGUGUGGAAAUCUGGACGGGGAUUAAGAAAGGUCCACCACGGAAACUGAAGUUCCCCGACCCCCAGGAGAUCGUCUCCUCUGUCGAGAAGGCUUUACAGUAGUCGCGUUCCAGAGUUCCUCCUGCGCUUGGCACUAAUGAAGGGAUGUAGCCAAUGGGAUUGCCAGUUACUUCUCUGAGAAACGGCCAGCAGAGGAGGAGCCUCCCGGAGAUGCGAUGCUACUGGACACCGA